AUGUCGCCAUCAGGGCAAACUUUGCACCUCAUCCUCGGCUCUUGGUGGCCAGCUGUGAAUGACAGCGCCAUCACCAGGCUCAGUGAUGUCAGUGCAGCUGAAGCUUUCAUCGAUUCAUCAGAAGUUGUUAUCAUUGGGUUCUUCGAGAGCGAGGACAGUGUUGGCUAUAAGGAGUUUGCUGUGGCUGUGUCAGACGUGAAAGACAUCCCAGUAGCACUGUGUGGUGAGAGAGAGGUGUGGUCCAUCUACAACAUCUCAUCUGACACCAUCUCCAUCUUCAGAAAGGCUGACCUGCACCAAGAGAACCUGCAGCUUUCAGAUGUCAAGAAGUUGGACAGUGAUGGUCUAAAGCGCUUUUUCAGCAUCAACGAACUGCGCUACAUCACAGAGUACAAUGCUGUGACUGCAGUGGGCCUGUUUAACUCUGAAGUGAAAACACAUCUCCUACUGCUUGCCAACAGAGGAAGCAAAAACUUCAGUGAGCUGAAAGACAAGAUGAGGGCUCUCGCUCCUGAAUUUACUGGCAAGUUCCUUUUUGUACUGGUGGAUGGGGCUGUGAAGUCCAAUGAACGCGCCCUGGGCUACUUUGACCUGAAACCCAAUGACCUCCCACGGGUGGGGAUCUAUGAUGUUGGCUUGGACAGGAGUUGGCUCCUGCCGCCAGGGAAGAUCACCACAGUGCGAGUGCGGGAGUUCUGCAACUCCUUCUUGCAAGGCGAGCUGCAGUCCUCAUUGCCCCCACCAGCCCCCACCUCACUGCCCAGCAGCUGCGAGGUUUACACUGUUUAG